AACCCCGCCUGUCGGGAGGCCCCGCCCCUCCGCGGCUCCGGCCAGGCGCGCAGUCCCAAUGUUCCCACCCUGUGGCCUCCCGCUAGACGGGACGGAAGCCGGUUGGGAUCCGAAGAGGACCGGCGAGCGCCGCUGUGCAGGACAGGUACGGCCCCGGAUCAAGUUGUGAGACCGAGACGUGAGAGCCAGACACGGAGACAUGCACACGGGCGACACAGACACGGGACUGAGGGGCGGACACGGGAGAGAAACGAGAACGGGGUCCGGACAAGGGCACUUGGCCUCAGUGACACGGACACAGGGCGGCGACAGGUUCCAGAUGUGUGUCGCAGCCCAGAGUGGUGGCGGCCCCACCUACCUCUGUCGCACCUGCUGAUCUCUCCCGGGGAGGGAGCCAGAGCCCAAGCAGCUGCCGGGGCUGAUCCGCCUGAAACAAGGGUACAUCAGAGGCUUCGUGCGCGCUGUGCUGGACCGGACGCGCAGGGCGCACACAUCCGUGCGUGGGGACGGCUGGCUGCCCCUGACCCCGACCCAGAGGUCAGGCCCAGAGACUGCCUGCCCCCAGGGACGCCACAGCGCCCCACCACUGUCACUGACACUGAGGAUAACCCAUUGCUGUGGGAACGCCCCCUGCUGUCUACACCACCUUACCCGUGCCUAGGGGCCAUGCUCUUGGCCAUCUGGCGAAGCAUGAAUCUGGAGGAGACCGCGGCCCUGGCCAAGUCUGGGCAGCAGCUGGAGUGGCCAGAAGCCUUGUGCCAAUAGCUUGGGGACAAACAUGCCCUAGGCAGAGUCCUGGCACCUGCCCUGGCUGCCUGUGGCUGCAAGCAUGUACCAAUAGUCAGCAGACGUGGUCUGGGGCACGUGGGGGGCACCUUGGGUAAACUUGAGUCUAUUCAUGGAUUCACUGUCACCCAGAGCAUUCCUGAUGCAGGGGAGGUUGGCCAGAUGCAAGGGCUGCCAGGGCAAGUGGGCUGCUGUAUUGUGGGUCAGAGCAAGAAGCUUGUUCCUGCAGACGGAAUCCUGCAUGAAGCAAGAGAUGUGACGGCCACUGUCGACAGCCUGCCACUCAUCACGUGUGACCUGACCCCAGACUCCAGGGUCCACCUCCUGCAUGUUAAAGACCCCUGACCUAUGAACACACACAACCACAGGUUGGCAUGGGGCAGCCGCUCUGACCGCCAGGGACAACCC